GGGGCCCGGGCCCGGCGGGGGCUGCCGCCCGCGGCCCGCCCCGGCGCUGCCCCGCUCCGCUCUUCUGUUCGGGGUUUGACCCGCUCCCGCUUCCCCGCCGCCGCCUCCCGCUGCAGCCGGGCAGCCGCGGCGGAGCGGGACGAGCCCCGGGCAGCCGGGAACGACCGGGCUGGGCCCCGUUCUGCGGCGGGGAGUCCCGGGGGAGGCGGCCCCGGCGCUGGCAGCGGCCUGGGACACGCUUCGCUCACCGCAAACACUUUGUGUCCCGCUCUUCCCCCGCCCCGCGUUAUUUCCUUCGUGCUGUUGUGUUUAAACGCUGCUUGAUGCGGUCCCGUGGCGGGGGAGGGGGAGGGAAGUUCAGCCCCAGAGAGGGGUGACAACAGCUCAAAGGGUUCCUGGAGCCUUCCCGGGUCAGGAAUUGCUGCGGGGCCCUGUGGGCGGUGGUGGAAGCGGCCAGCGCCGGCGCCUCGGUUCUCUGCCUGUGUGAGAAGGGAGAUGCCAAGGUCACGGAAGAGACAGGCAAGAUGUCCAAGAUGGAAAAGAAAAUGAAAACAGGGUUUGUCCGGCUGGUCGGAGGGGACAACGACUGCUCAGGACACGUGGAGAUCCAUGAUGGGGAGAAGUGGAAAAGUGUCUGUGCCUCAGCCUUUGGUGCCAGAGCUGCUGCUGUGGUCUGCAGGGAGCUGCAGUGUGGGGCAGCCCUGAACAUCCAAGGGGCAGCUCGUGAUGGAGCCAGCGCCGGUGCCAUGUGGGACAGAGAGCUGCAGUGUGCAGGGAAUGAACCCUUCCUCCAGUUUUGCCCCAGAGGCCCCUCCUGCGACCAGCUCUGCACCCCCAGAGCUGCUACUUGGCUCAACUGCACACGGUUCAGGCUGGUGAACGGCAGCACGGCGUGCGAGGGGAGGGUGGAGCUGCACGUGCAGGGGACCUGGGGCAGCCUCUGUGCCUCCCGCUGGCACCUCUCUGACGCCCACGUCCUCUGUGGCCGCCUGGGCUGUGGCUUUGCCGUGUCCCUUCCCAGAGGAGGGAGUUUUGGGAGAGGAACGGGCCCCGUCUGGAGAGACUCGUUCCGCUGCAGUGGGACUGAAGCCCACCUGGGACAGUGCCCAGUGACCGUGCUGGGGGCCUCCCCGUGCUCCCAUGAGGAUGCUGCUGCUGUCGUCUGCUCAGGUGAGGGCUGGCAAACCCUGGAUUGCCUCUGCAACGUCUCCUGGCCGGCAGCGGGGGUCGUGGAGGACGUGGGGGUGGUUUGCCAGGGGAGCCGGCGCGUGCGGCUGGCGAACGGGCCCGGGCGCUGCGCCGGGAGAGUGGAGAUCUACUCCCAGGGCAGCUGGGGCAGCGUCUGCGACGACGGCUGGGACCUGCCCGAUGCCGCCGUCGUGUGCCGGCAGCUGGGCUGCGGAGGGGCCGUGCGGGCGCCGGGCUCUGCCGCCUUUGGGGAGGGCUCCGGGCACAUCUGGCUGGACGGCGUCAACUGCUCCGGGGCCGAAGCCGCUCUCUGGGACUGCCCGGCCGGGCCCUGGGGGCGGCACGACUGCGGGCACAAAGAGGACGCCGGAGCCGUCUGCUCAGAGUUCACGGCCCUGAGGCUGGAGAACAGCGACAGCUGCUCUGGGCGCCUGCAGGUUUUCUACAACGGGACGUGGGGCAGCGUUUGCUCCAACUCCAUGACCCCCAAAACGGUGUCACUGGCGUGCGAGGAGCUGGGCUGCGGGAAGGAAGGGACCCUGGAGAUACAAGGGCCACGGGGCAGAGUGUCUGGCCCCGCCUGGCUGGACCGUGUGGAGUGUGAGGAGAGACACGGCUCCUUCUGGCUGUGUCCCUCCGAUCCCUGGAACCCGCGGUCGUGCGACGAGCUGCGAGAUGUGACCCACAUCACCUGCCGUGGGACACGGCCCAAAAUGACCCCAACCCCGGGCUCCGCGUGCCCCAACGCCACGAGCUGCACAGACAGGGAGAGGAUCCGCGCCGUGGGAGGAGAGGACGGCUGCUCGGGCCGGGUGGAGCUGUGGCACCGCGGCUCCUGGGGGACGGUGUGCUACGACGCGUGGGACGUGCGGGAUGCCGAGGUGGCCUGCAGGCAGCUGGGCUGUGGGCCCGCCGUGGCCGCCCUGCCCGAGGCUGCCUUUGGGGAGGGCACGGGCCCCAUCUGGCUGGAGCAGGUGGAGUGUCAGGGCACAGAGGCGGCUCUGCAGCACUGCUGGGCCUGGCCCGGGGACCGAGGGCUCUGCCGGCACAAGGAGGACGUGGCCGUGCGCUGCGCGGCUGCGCCCAGGACAGCAGCACCGACCCCUCGAGCAGAUCCCAGUCGGGGCCGCCCGACCAGCAGCAGAAGCGUCUCGUUGCCCGUCAUCAUGUGCAUGAUCCUGGGAGCCCUUGUCUGCCUGCUGCUGGCCCUCCUGGCCUGGAGAGUGCUCAGCGCCAGGGCUGAGCGCAGAGGCUCCCAGACAGCCCUGGAGCCCUUCCCUGAGGCGGUGUACCAGGAGAUCGGUUACAGCCCUGUGUGGGAGGAGCAGGCGAGAUUCAGCCCAUCAGAUGUCCCUGUCCUGCCCAGAGGUGGCCCAGCAGAUGGCUAUGAUGAUGCCAGGGAGGUUUCUGACCCUGGGGAGGACCUUGUGCUUGGGCACAGAGGCUGGGAAGUGCCCAGGGCAGCAGAGGAGGGAGCAGGGCCCAGGGACGCACCUGGAGAGACAAAGCUGUGCUCCCAGAGCAGUGCCGGGGCCCCUGGAGCUGAGGGAGAUGCCCAGUGCCUGUGCCCAGAGAGCUGGAGCUACGACGAUGCCCAAGAGGUGUCCCUGGCACAUCCCCCUGAGGACAGCGAGGCCGUGACACCGCAGCUCAGGGCACAAGGGUGGCCCAUCCCCGGGCCAGGAGAGCCCGUCACUGCCGCGGGGCUGGGAGCAGCUGGGAGGGAGGAGGGAGCUGUGCGGCUGGGAGAGCCCUGAGCUCCAGGGAGCCCUCGGCCCUUGCCAGCCAUUUCCUCUGCCUUCAGUGUCCUGUGUUCAGGCUGUGCCUCCUCUUUGUUCUGAUUAAAAUCCCUUGGGGGUUUGGGCCAGAGCUGGUGCCAGGCUGCCCAAGGGUCAAGGGCUGUCCCCGAGGCUGACUGGGGGGGAUCAGAGCACAAAGACGUGACAGUGGGGAAGGGGCACGUCUUGGGGACAGCGGGCUCAGGGUCUGCAAGGGCCUCUGGUCCCUGGGGAAGAUUCCUGCUGACAGAGACAUUUCCAUCCUGACAUAGAAUCAUUGAAUCAAAGAAUCCUUUGGGUUGGAAAAGUCUUUAAGAUCAUCAAGUCCAAUCACCAGCCUCACCCUGCCGAGCCCAUCACCAACCCCUGUCCCUCAGCACCUCAGCUCCACGGCUGUGCAACAGCUCAUAGACCUAUGGAAUCAUUGCAGCUGGAAAAGACCUUUAAGACCAUUGAGUCUGAUGUGUGUUGUGAUGUCACACAACAGUUCCCUGAUA